AUGCACGCCUCCCUCGUUCGCCGUUCCCUAGGUGGCCUCGUCCCACCCAAAAUCGCCACCCCCAAGCUCGUCUCGGGAGGUUCUGGAGCUAGCCUUGGUCCUCUCGUUGACUUCUACAGCAAGCUGCCCAAGGGCAAGGCUACCCCCCGUGUUGGAGGCCUCAAAGCCAAGUUCUUCGACGGCAAGAACGCCUCUGGAGCACCCUUGGUGUGGUUGAUCGUUGGCUUGUUCGGAAUUGGUUAUACCCUCGACUACAACUUGCACUUGAAGCACCACAAGAACCACGCUCACUAGAGGAAGACCUUCGACUACAGUCCUGUCAUUCCGAAUAUUAUAUUCCAAUAGACCCGUCGCAUAAUCC